UCUCUCUCUCUCUCUCUCUCUCUCUCUCUCUUCCCCUUAACCCUCUCUCUCCCCCCCCAAAAAAAAAUCUCACCUUUCGUCUCCUUUUCUAGGGUUUCAAAUCCAACCUUCCAUUCAUGGCUUCUUCUUCUUCUUCUAGAAAGGAUCUUGAUCGGAUUAAAGGGCCAUGGAGUCCUGAAGAAGAUGAAUCUCUAAGGAAUCUGGUUCAGAAGCAUGGCCCACGCAACUGGUCCCUGAUCAGCAAAUCUAUCCCAGGCCGAUCUGGCAAGUCGUGCCGGCUCCGAUGGUGUAACCAGCUCUCUCCGCAGGUUGAGCAUCGGCCUUUCACGCCCGAGGAAGACGAGACGAUCGUACGGGCCCACGCUAAGUUCGGCAACAAGUGGGCCACCAUCGCACGUCUACUGUCCGGCCGUACAGACAACGCGAUUAAAAAUCAUUGGAAUUCUACUCUGAAACGGAAAUGUUCUUCUUCCUCAGAAGACGCAGCAGCGGUUACUGCAUCACUAGAUAAUCCGCCGUUGAAGAGAUCGGCGAGCCUCGGCGCUGGUGGUGGGCCAUCCUUUUCCGGCCUAUGUCUCAGUCCCGGCAGCCCUUCCGGAUCGGAUGUCAGUGAUUCGAGCCUGCCCCUUCCAUCAACGUCCUCCCUCAUCUACAGGCCUGUCCCUAGAACCGGCCCGAUUUUGCCCCCUUCAACUCAGCUGGAAACAUCUUCCUCCACCAACGAGGAACCGCCUCCGACUAUGUCUCUCAAUCUCUCUCUGGCCGUCACUCCAUCCGUCCAUUCCUGCGACGUUUCGAAUCCGGAAUCGGGGUCGGGAUCUACGCAUACAAACAAUAACAACAGCGAGCUUCCGCUGUUGCCGUCAGAACCUUCACACACACAACUGUCCCCCUCCUAUCAUGAGUUCGGAUCGUUGGCGGAAAAAUCAUUUUCCCCUUUCAAUCAAGAGUUGCUAUCGGUUAUGCAGGAGAUGAUUAAGAAAGAGGUGAGGAAUUACAUGUCAGGGCUGGAACAAAACGGGUUUUGUUUUCAGGCAGAUAGCGUCAGGAAUGCAGCGGUGAAACGGAUCGGCGUCGGCAAGAUCGAAUGAAGUAGUAGUAGUUCUUUUCGUUUCCAUACCCAAAUAAUUUUGGUCUAGAUUUCGUGUACAGAAAAGAUGAUGAACGGUCAAAAUCAAGGAUGGGAUGAUGUGGACGGUGGAGAAUGGAGAAAGAGAGGUUUUUGUGCGUGAGAAAGGAGAUCGGAUCGAUAAAACGGUUUCUCUUUUGAAACAGAUCCUCUUUAUUUCUUAAUCGUUCACCGAUUCAGAGAAACAAGAAAACCAGAAAGGAAAAUAGACAAAUUUCAUCA